GUGGGACAGCUGAAGCUCAUUCUCCCCAGCUGAUGAUGGCGGAUGUUGUUGAGAAAGACACCAUGAAGAACUACCACACAGCGUCCGAGAGAAUCAACGCCGCCAACGGCCGCUUCCCUUACUGCGUCGUGUGGACGCCCAUCCCCGUGUUAUCAUGGUUGUUUCCAUUUAUUGGCCACAUGGGAAUCUGCACUUCCACUGGAGUCAUUCGAGACUUUGCCGGACCUUACUUUGUCUCAGAAGACAACAUGGGCUUUGGAAAACCAACAAAAUACUGGAUGCUUGACGUAAGCAAAGUCUACGCUAGUGGCUCCAACGCCUGGGACACAGCAGUGCAUGAUGCGUCGGAGGAGUAUAAGCACAGAAUGCACAACCUCUGCUGUGACAACUGUCACUCGCAUGUUGCCAUGGCUCUAAAUCUGAUGCGGUAUGAAAACAGUACCUCGUGGAACAUGGUCAAACUCUGUCUCCUCGCUCUGAUCCACGGAAAGCACGUCAGCUGUGUAGGCUUCCUGAAGACCUGGUUGCCUUUCCUGAUGCUGAUGGGCAUCAUCCUGACGGCGGCCCUGGCCAUCAACCUCCGGUGACCUGGGAGGCGGGUUACAUACACAGUGGAACCUCCUGCAGGUUGGACGUGGGGGGAUGACCCUUUUUAACAACAAGGAUGGGAGAGGGGCAUUACCCAGUGUCGAGUGAACAUGACAGAGGACAUAAAGACUACUCACCUCUCAAGAGAAUGCCCAACAGUGUCCCAACAUAUGUAUGCAUGCUUGGUCUGUGGAAAGCAGAAAGCUUGUUGCAUUUCUCCAGUGGUGAUGCAGAAAUAGCCUAAUGACGGAAUCCAUUAAUAUUCAGUUAUUUUGAGAGAAGUGACUGACUACCCCCUCCCACCACCCCAACCACCAGGACCAUACAAACACACUUAAUGGAUAUGAUUGCUGGAUUUUGAUUAUGAAAGACUGAGUACAGGUACAAGCCACCACCACCUGCAAAGUGUAGAAAAUGUCUCGCUGCAUUAGAAGCGGAACGGAUGUGCAUACAUUGAUGGAUUCUCUGAGGGAAUCACAUCUAUGCCUUGCUUUCAGAUGUUGAUGAUCUUGCUUUGUGAGGAAUAACUUAGUGCUCCCAAAAUGCCAUUUUAUAACCGGGAGUAUAAAUGUUAAAACGCUUACAUUCCUUUCAAGGGAAUUUAUUGCAUUACAUUCUUGGUCUCGCAUAGCUCUUCUACAGUUCUACCGCAGCUAACAUGUGCCAGAGCAGUUUGUACAUUUUCUUACUUGUGUUCAGACUAAGGCUACAUCCAUACUACUACGUUUUUGUUUGAAAAAUGCAUAAACUCCCCUGCUGAUACGCCUGGCAUCCACAGUACUGCAAAGCUGCUGGGGGCCAUUUUAGUUUGAUAACUGCGGGGCUGCGUUUAAGUCUGGAUGGGCAGAAACGCUCAUGUGGCCAUAGAUCAUGUUAGUUUGAAAAUGCCAUUUCCAAACAAAAUGUUGCAGUAAGGAUGUAGCCUAACUCUAUAAGAUAUUAGAAAGUUUGCAUCUUCUAAAGAUAAAUCUUUUUUAUAUGUGCAUUACAUGUAUCACCUCAUGGAAGUAGAUUAAGUAGGUUUACGACUAACACUUUCAUACUAUUGAGUUCAGAUCAUCAGUGCAAUGAUUGUAGCAAAUUUCAAGCAGAUUUGUAAAUGCUCCUUCGGUUUUCUAUCCUUGUGCCAAACGUAAGAGAACUGGAGACCAACUCAAACUGUGUCUUUGAAAAUGCUGCUUGUUAUUUAGGGAGACAGCUCACAAUGACUCAUAAGUUAGCGAAUGAAAAGCUCCUUGAUGUCCGAGUUAUGAAACCUGGUUGAAUCUACUUUUUAAGAGAUGUUUUGUUUCAUAUCUGAUCAUUUGGACUUCAUGUGACAAAGCAGUGCCUAAAAACGACCUUCCUCACAAAUCCCAUUUUUGAGCUAUUUUCAAAAAGAAAACGUUUAAACCACAUCAUGGUUGGCGCACAAAUUCCGUUGCCAUGGAUUUCUUGAGUAGAUUCAAAUCCCUCAUUGUUUGCAAUCAAACAGAAAAAAAGUGUUGAGCCCUCUCUUUGUCCUCGGUGCUGCCAGAAGCAGCAGGUAGCCAGGAUCCUCAGGUUUUUCACACUCACCGACCCCUGAUGAAUAUCCCCACUUUCUCCCGGCGACGGACCAGCGUCGCUCCUGCUGUUUUCCACGUCUGCAGAUCAGAUUCGGAGGUCAUUGUGAAAUGUCAGCACUGUUUUCACGAAGGUUUGAUAAUGUACCUGCCAACAUCCUGCCGUAAUCCAGCACAGAGAGUGUGAGCCUUUAAUUAAAGUCUGUUUUAUUUCCGUGGUAAUGGGGCUAAUACGAGGUACGGCUAACACAGUGCCAGCUUUCUAAACUGGGCUCUUCUCAGAGAGAAAGCUGAUAUUCUUAGGACUAUUUGUGUGUAUUUCAGCCAUGUUGCCUGUAAAUAUUUGAACACAUAUUAUACUGUACACCAGGUGCUCUUUGUGUACUUUGCAAACUGGAUCACCUUCUCUAAGGAUUUAUCCUUUGAAUGAUUUAGUGUCAUCUUUGUUUUCUUUACUCUACUUCUGCAUUUCAUCUCUGCAGAUCUGUGUGAGAGUGAGUGAGUGAGUGUGUGUGUGUGCUUUAGUCAAGCAACCGACAGGAGAGAGCAUGUGAUUGCAUGCCAGCAUGUGUGUAUUGCAUGCAUUCAAGAAAUAGGGAGGGUUUGAGGAAGAAAGAAGUGUAUGUUUGAUUCUAUGGCUUCUUGAUUAAUUAUCAUCUGCAUUACAUUGCUCAUUGCAUCACACGUGUCUUUCUCUUUAUAAGUUUCAACUUAACAUAUGAUAGCUGGUAAACCCAUAGAAGGAAUGAAUAAUAAAUUAGACUAUAAGAGGCCUGCGUAUGUUAAUGUUGAUUUGAUGCUAUAGCUAAAAUCUCAAAUAAAUAAUAUAGUAUAUAAUAUUCUCGACAUUAGAUACAAGGAAGCAGACCAAUGGCCUUGUAUGCAGCUGGCUGUUACUCACAGUAAUCUGGAAAUAUGUUUAUUACGUCCAAUCUACAGCGACAUGAUCCAUCUCUGUCCAAACUCAGAGACGUGUCGGUUGAAAAUACCUGUACAAACAUAGAGAAAAGUGAAAAUCCCUUUCCUUCUCUUUAGUGGAGUUAAAUGUCAUAAAAUAGAGGGGGGUGGGGGGCAAAACUGUGUCUUUGAAUAUGUUGCUUGUUCUUUGGUGAAACAGCUUAUUCAUUGCAUUGGGAGCCAUGAAAGGUAAUGGAUGAAUAGCCCUUUGAAGUCAGCUGACGAAACUCACAACAUUGUCAUUUUACUGCAUCUCAUAUUUAAAUCCCUAUGUAUAACUUAGCAGGAGAGAUAAGAAAAUUGCUCAAAUAAAAUGGCACACCAGUCCUUUGUUGGAGCAUCUGGACUAAGAAGGCCACAUUCAUGGGGGGGAUUAUUUUAGAUGUGGCCGGCUUUUGGUGCCUUGUUGUAUCCAAGAGCCAGGUCCAGGAAUGUGGAGACAUGUGGUCCCAGGGAUUCAGACCAUUGACAAAGACUGUUGGGAUGCUAUUAUUAGUGCCACUAUCCAUAUAUACCAGUCUGCAAUUUCCAAACCUCGUUUUGUUUCUAUGAUCCCCCAAAAUAUCUUCUAUGCUGCAGAUCAUUUAGCCCACUGGGAAUUGUAAGACUCAAAUGCAAGUGAUUGUGUGAAUUCUGAAUGUGUUUAAGACUUACAGCUAUAAUACCAAUAAAGAUGUAUAUUAUUGUA